AUGUCGAGAUAUUCGACGACUAGAUGGAUUUUCGAGGACGUGUUGCAGGAAGGCUUCUUUCGUUUGGAGGGUGAACGGAACGGGGGCCUGGGAAGUUCGAUUGUUCAUAACGCGUGGACUUCGCCCUCGUUUGCGGAGAGGGUGAAGCAGCGGUCGUUACGCCGCCAGUCGAGGCGAUCCUCGACUGGCGGCGUAACGACCGUAAUAGUCUCGACUGGAGGCAACGGUGAAUUUGAGGCAGCCCUCCAUUUUUUUGAUCCUGUAUUUCUUGGCUCCGAGGUUAUUUACUUUGAAAUGUGUGCUAAUGACAUGGCUGAUGUUGGUGCAAUCUGGCGAGCUGCAAUUGACCGAUACAAGGAUAUAACUCAAGUUGAUAUCGGCUCAAUUGAGGCAGCGAACAGUGUUGAAGAUGUAUUAAGCGAGAUAGACACUCGCAAAGACGAGUUCAAAAGAACUCGGCAUGAUGGCUCGAAGACUGACAAAUUCAGAAGUCUUAUCAGCCGAAGCCUAAAGUCCAUUGAAACGGUCAGCGAGGUUGUUGCUCAGGGAGCGUCAAACUCUUUUCCGCCUAGCAUGGCUAUUUUCACGGCAGUGCGACAUCUAUUGAAGACUGCAAACUCUGUGUCAGCGGAUUUUGACAAGGUUGCUGAGUUCUUUGGUGAUGUGGAGUCGUAUCUCAAACGACUGAAGACAAUUGAGGAGAAAAUACCUCCAGUACCUGAGCUUGAAUUUGUUUUGUCUGAGGUUUUAACGUCAGUGCUGAUCUUAUGUGGGAUUUGCACGAAAUACACUAAGAAAAGACGCUUCGCCAAAGCAUUGCGAAAUCUCGUAUCUGGAGAAGAUGUUGAGCUCGCUUCGGCUUACGAUAAGUUUCAUCAGAUGGUCAAGCGAGAACAAGAGCUGAUUGUGACUCUCACUUUCGUCGAAGUGGGUGAAGCAAAUCGCUCUCUAAAGCAGUCUGAGCGAGUGUACAAGCAGCUCGGAGAUAAAGAUGUGUUGGAAGACCUUUCAGCACACACUUUCCUUGCUACACAGAAAGACAAGUUUGGCAAACAUCACGAUGGAACUUGUCAAUGGGUCCUGAGCCACGAAACAUUCCAACGAUGGUUGAACGGCACCGGUAAUUCGUCUCUUUGGUGUUGCGGAGAUCCCGGCAGUGGAAAAACUAUAUUAACGUCAAUAAUUAUUAAUGACGUUGAUGAAAAGACCCGUGGAACUGGCACUGCUAUUGCAUUCAUGUACUGCAAUUAUAAAGACACGAACACACAUUCUGAACUUGCUCUUCUGUCCAGCAUUGCACGACAACUAACUGCGCAAAUCGAACACAUACCGCCUGUGGUAAAAGAAUUUCGCGAUCAAAAGGCCAUGAGAAAAAGAGACCCAACGGGUGAUGAAUGGGUUACACUUAUCAAGUCUCUCGGCCGUUUCUUCUGCAAAACGAUCAUUAUCGUUGAUGCGCUGGAUGAGUGUCCGGAAUAUAAUAGAGACGAAUUCUUUCGUUUCAUAAAAAUGCUGGAUACCAGCAUUCGCUUCAUGUUCACAUCUCGCCCGCACAUUACCCUUCCUGUGAAGCUUUCUGGGUUUCAGCGGAUUCAUAUCGCGGCAAAUCCAUCUGAUCUGCAGAUUUUCCUUGACUCAGAGAUUUCGAAAAGAAACAUUUUUCAAAAGUUUGUCAUUCAAACCGACUCUAGCUUACAAGCGGAAGUUAUUGAAAAAAUCAUCACUAAGUCUAAGGGAAUCUUCAGGUUUCUACUCGCCUACCAUCACGUCGAAAAGAUAUGCCAACAACCGCAUAUAUCAGGUGUGCGGAAAACGUUGAUUAGUUUGCCAGACAACAUUUUUGACUAUUAUCAUGAGGCCAUGGAGAGAAUCGAGCAACAAGAAACGGUACUCUGUGACCUUGCCAAGGAUGCACUUUCAUUCAUUACUCAUGCACAAAGACCCCUUCACGUAAACGAGCUUCGCCAUGCCCUGGGAGUGUGGGCGAAUGAUACCGAUUUUGAAGAAACUCAGUGUGUUGAUGACAAGCUUCUCAUCAGUAUUUGCACUGGUUUGGUCAAAAUCGACGAAACGAGAGAUGUUGUAGAGCUUGUUCAUCAAACCCUGCAAGAAUACUUCAAAACUUUCCCCGAGCGGCUUUUCGAAGAUCCUGAUUCAAAAAUUGCGAGAGCAUGCCUCGUUUACCUUUCUUUUGAUGCCUUUGGCAGCGGACCAUGUGCGGACGGCAAAGCGCUUCAAAUGAGACUAGAAAACCACGUGUUCUUUCCAUACGCAGCCCAUUUCUGGGGUUAUCAUGUGCGAAAUUCUCAGGACGAUUAUACGAACUUGAUUCUCAGGUACCUCAAUGACAAUAAUAAGCUUUUGUCCGCCGUUCAAGUUCUGUACGCGACCUCGCCACGGGUCAAAGACUGGUUCAAUCGGUACCCAAAACAAAUCGGUCCUUUACACAUCGCAGCUUGGUGGGGCCUUACAAGGAUCAUUAAGAUUUUGUUGAGUGAGGGCUUUGAUACUACCAUAUGUAAUAGCCGCGGUGAGUCUCCUUUUUUCGUUGCAGCCCAGAACGAUCAGAGGGAGGCUGUCGAGCUAUUCCUUGAUUAUGGGAAUGACAUCAACGAAAGAAAUUUUGCUGGAGAAACAGCUCUUAUGUUGGCUGCUAAGAACGGGAGCAAAGAUUUGGUCAAAGUCCUCCUCCUGCGCGGCGCCGAGCUUAUAACGGACCACGAAGGGUGGUCCGCAAUCAAUUGGGCUGUUGUUGGUGGAAAAUGCGAAGUGCUGGAUUUAUUGCUCGCGAAAGCCCGUUCUAGCACUGGUAUAGAUACCAAGAACCAAGCGCUUUUUCUGGCAGCGGAAGAAGGUCACAAGGGAAUGGUGGAGAUGCUUCUUGAAAGUGGAUCCAACAUCAACGCAAAAGAUAGCAAUGGAAGCACUGCAUUAGACUUUGCUGUGUCAGGAGCUCAUGUGGCCACUGUUGAGUUGCUUUUGUUUCAGAAAGCGAAUGUCAAUUCGACCGAUUCGGGUGGCAACAUUGCGCUUCACUGGGCUGCUACACAUGAGCCGAUUACUCGAUUGUUGCUGAAAUUUGGAGCUUUGGUAAAUACGAAGAAUUGUGCUGGACAGACUGCUCUCUUUUGGACUGCGCAAGAUAGCUCACCCGCGGUAGCGAGAUUGCUGCUAGAAAGUGGAGCUGAUUCCGAUCUUACGGACAAGAAUGGCGCCACUGCGUUACAUAUCGCCGCAUUGCAAGGACAUGAGCAGAUAGCUGCUUUACUGUUGCAAAAAGGAGCCAACCCCAAUAUUCAGGACAAAGAUGGGUGGACUCCUCUGUACGGUGCCGCUGUCCAAGAGCAUGCGACGAUGGUUAGUCUCCUUUUGGGAAAUUCCGGCGACAGUAAGAACACCUUGGAUUCGGUGACCAGUAAAAUGGAAAAUUCUGGAAAGCGAUUAAAUUUGAAGAGAAUUGCCGAAGACAAAAGACAAGGGAGCACCGUGACGAGUGGCUUGCGCGUAGCGGCACAAGAAGCCCAGCUCGGUAGGCUGCGCAUGAUGCUUGAGAAAGGAGCAGAUGUCGACGCGAAGGAUCCUGCGGGAUAUACUGCGCUUGAGCUUGCCGCUUUUCUGGGGCACAAGCAGGUCGCGCAGCUUCUGUUGGGAUACGGAGCCAAUGGCACUGAAUCAGUCGUGCCGUUACUGAUCGAAUAUGGCGCGGAUGUCAAUGCGGAAACGUACGGGAUGACACCGUUGAUGCUUGCUGCGACAAUUGGGAACCCAUCGAUCAACUUGUGUCUCCUGGAGGCAAAGGCCGAUCUCAAUGCACGGGACUGUUCUGGGCAAACAGCCUUGCAUCUAGCCGUGUUGAACGAAAGAACACAGGUUGCACGGAUGUUGCUUGAUGCAGGCGCAGCGUCGGAUAUCUCAGAUGACCAGGGCAGAACGGCCUUCAUGCUUGCGGUAGAUAAUAUGGGAGAUAAAGCGGCUGCCUUGCUCUUCGAUGGAGAUUUCGAUAUUGAAGCAGAUAACACGACGAUGACCGGCUCUUCGUGGCUGUUCUUUUAG